AUGUGUGAUAAAAGAUACGUUUUGAAGUUUUUUAUACUAAAACCAACCCUUUCACCCAGCAAGGCAAAGAAUAAAUUUGGAUUUUUAGAAAUUUUUGAAUUAAUCUUGGAAUGGCUUAAAUUAGAAUCAAACUCAAAGGGGUCUCUACAAUUGAAAAGACUUCUUUCGCAAAGCCUUAUGUUAAAUGGAGCAAACAAAAUUGCAAAAACUUUGGCGAUGAUGCAAGCAUAA